AAGAGUUUCUGUACACCAGUUUAAGUCCAGUUAGUUGAUUGCUCUGAUGAAGAGGACUGCACUGUGAAGCAAUAUACAGCUAUGUGGAACAGACAGGAGGGGGACCUUAAGCUUUUCACUGGUUUUCUCUUUUUGUUAGUCUUGAUCUCAUCUUCAUAUGAAGGUCAGAUCAGGUUGACAGGUCCUGAAUCAACUAAGUGCUCUGGAAGGGUUGAAGUCUACCAUAACAAUACUUGGGGUACGGUGUGUGGUGACGACUGGGACAACAAUGAUGCUGAUGUGGCUUGUCGACAGCUCGGCUGUGGUAGAGCACUCAGUGCAACCCAUGAAGCUAAUUUUGGUCAAGGGCAUGGACCAAUCUGGCUUGAUGAUGUUGAUUGCGCAGGAACUGAAAGUUCUCUAACAGACUGUAAACACGAAGGCUUUGGGCAGCAUAACUGUGGCCACCAUGAGGACGCUGGUGUCGUCUGUUCAGGUCAGAUCAGGUUGACAGGUCCUGGAUCAACUAAGUGCUCUGGAAGGGUUGAAGUCUACCAUAACAAUACCUGGGGUACGGUGUGUGGUGACGACUGGGACAACAAUGAUGCUGAUGUGGCUUGUCGACAGCUCAGCUGUGGUAGAGCACUCAGUGCAACCCAUGAAGCUAAUUUUGGUCAAGGGCAUGGACCAAUCUGGCUUGAUGAUGUUGAUUGCGCAGGAACUGAAAGUUCUCUAACAGACUGUAAACACAGAGGCUUUGGGCAGCAUAACUGUGGCCACCAUGAGGACGCUGGUGUCGUCUGUUCAGCAUCAUCUCUGCUGCUGGUGGUGUCCUCCAUAGUCAGUGGAAUCCUGCUGCUGAUUCUGCUGGUCUUUAUAACAGUCUGCCAGGCCUGUAGAAGGAAAGUUUGCACUAAACAACCAAUAGCAGCUGACCAAAAUCAAGUGCCUGUCCAGCAGAUCAGCAUAGAAGACCAUGAGAAUGAUUCCUACGACUAUGAGAACAUUGAAAUGAUACUCUCAACAAACAAACAAAAGAUGGACAGAAAUUCAACCAGUGAUGAUCGUGAUUAUGAGGAAGUUGACAGCACUGAUGAUGAGGAAAAUGACUAUGUGAAUGUUUCUGCUAAAUACAAUAUAGUUUAAAUAUAUUUUGAUAAAUAUACAACUCUCUUUCUUAGUCUGUUUCUACAAUAGUAUAUAGCAAUAUUUACCGGCUCAAGAAAAAUAGAUAGGUUUAGCAAUUCAUUUACUAAUUGUGUGUUUUGCUUUCCUCAUAUUGUUUAUUAUAUUGUACUGUAUUUGUAUCUAAAA